CUGGGGAUUACAAUGCAGUACAGACUAGUAUCCUUCCUCGCCGCAGGCGUCCUCGUCGCUGUUAGCAGUGGGUUGCCUAUUGCUCAGCCCGAGCGCGAUGCUGAUUUCGACAAGCCAACGGACACCAUCGAGCUAGGCAAGCCAACUACCGAGAUUACCUGGGGCAAACGGGACGAGCCUCAGCCUGAUAACACCAUCGGCCUUGGGCCACCAUCAACCGAGGUAACCUGGGGGAAGCGAGGUAUCGACUUUGGAAAACCGAAAGACACGAUUGGGCUUGGCAAGCCGACGACAGAGAUCACAUGGGGCAAGCGUGAUGAGCCUCAGCCCGCCGACACUAUCGAGAUUGGGCAACCCUCCACUGAGAUCACCUGGAGCAAGAAGCGAGGUAUCGUGUUUGGAGAGCCGAAGGACACGCCUACGUUGGGCAAACCGACCAGCGAGACGACCUGGGGUAAACGCGACAUCGAAUUCGGAAAUCCAAAGGAUACGAUCGGACUUGGAAAACCAACGACAGAAAUCACGUGGGGAAAGCGUGACAUCGACUUUGGCAAGCCCAAGGACACAUUCACUCUGGGCAAGCCUACGACCGAGACGACAUGG